AUGGAUUCACAAACACAGUACCUGCCCUGCGUAUCCACAAUGUUCUGGUUCAGGUUAUUUGUCACUAUCAUGAGCUUAUUUUGCCCAUGUUCGGGAGACAAUGGCUUUCUGCAUGCAUAUUCUCCAGGGGAUAUCAUCAUUGGAGGACUUUUCCCUAUUCACUUAAACACUAAUAGAACAACAACGCCUGGACCAGUCUCCUGUAGUGACUAUGAUUUCCGAAUGUUCCUACAUACUCAAGUGAUGAUAUACGCCAUCAGAGAAAUAAACCGGUACACACCGAGGGUUCUACCCAACAUCACCAUUGGAUAUGACAUCUAUGACACAUGUGGAGAUGUCACCUUGGCCAUCAGAGCUACACUCCAGCUGCUGGAUGGCCAGUCAGACCCUCAGAGCUGUUUACUACCUGAAAACAUUCAAUCUGCUUUACCUGAACCCAAAACAAAGGUGGUGAUUGGUGAGAGGAAUUCUGAAGUGUCAACAGCUGUUGCACGAGUUGUUUCUCUGGCAUCAGUUACCCAGAUUAGUUAUGCAGCGACGAGCGAGCUGCUCAGCAAGAAAAUGAAGUUUCCCACUUUUCUGAGAACAAUAUCAAGUGAUGAAUAUCAGACAAAGGCCAUUGCUGAGCUGGUGAAGCAGUUUAAUUGGAAAACAGUGGCCAUUGUAGCAAGUGAUGACGAGUAUGGGAUGUACGGAGGUUAUCGACUCAAGGAAAACUUCAUCGAAAUGAAGGACAUCUGCAUUGAAUUCAUUGACACAUUGCCUAAUUACUUCUCCCAGAACACAUCCAAAACCCGUAAGAAGUUGGAUGAACUGGUGAGCAAAAUCAGAAAAUCCUCUGCCGAAGCCAUCAUCAUGUUCACCAAGGACGUCAAUGUUGAUGUCAUAAUGGAAAAAGCUAUUCAAUGCAACCUCAACAGAACUUGGAUUGCAAGUGAUGCAUGGUCUACCUCGUCAAAGAUCUCUGCAAUGCCAGGCAUUGAGAUGGCCGGGCAGGUUUAUGGUUUCAUCUCUAAGAGGAAUGAGGUGCCUGGUUUUAAGGACUACGUCAUGUCAAUGUUCAAUGGAACCACCAAUUACAUUCUUGAACAUUAUCUGACUCACUAUUCAUGUGCGAAUCAGUCUGAGGAGAACAGCGAGAAUAACUGCUUGUUAACAAACAGCCAACAAGGGUCAAAGCAAUGUCUGGACCCAAACUGCUUGCCCCAUUACAUCGACCACGAUGAAUCAUACAAUAUUUACUUAGCCGUCCAAGUCAUUGUUGAAGGUCUCAGACGCUUGCUGAAAUGCGACAACCAACAGUGUCAAGAAAGUGCCAAAUUUACAGCCUUGGAGCUUCUCACAGAAAUCAGGAAAGUCAACUUCACUGUGAACACCACGCAUAUAUUCUUUGACCCCAAUGGAGACCCCAGUUUUGGAUAUGAUAUUGUAUAUUGGAACAUGACUGAAUCCACACGGCGCACACACAUAAAAACCAUUGGAGAGUACUGGCCAGACAGAAAAAUUCAAGUCCCAGAUGAUCUUGUUGAAAAAAUGAGCAAAGUAACGGUUAGUGCUUACAACUGCUCUAAAACGUGUGAACCGGGACAAGAGUUGAAAAGGCAAAAUGACCAGUGCUGUUAUCAGUGUGUUCAAUGUGCAAAUGGAGACUUUUCCUUGGGAGGCCGUGAGGAAUGUAAACGCUGCAGGAAGAAUCAGUACUCAUCUCCAAAAAAGAAUGAGUGUUUGAAUAAAACUGUUGAAUUUUUAGAUUGGUCAGAUACCUUCAUUAUAUUUUUGAGUUCAUUUGAAGUCUUAGGGAUCAUCAUUACCAUUGUGUUUGCUAUUUUGUUUACAGUGUAUCGUAGUACUCCCAUUGUAAAGGCGGUUGGAGGUUACUUGUGUUUCUUGGAGCUUUUUUCCUUGCUGGCCUGCUUCUGCCUUACAUUUAACUUCAUAGGGAAACCCACUAAGGCUUCCUGCAUGUUAGGCCUGCCUUUCUUCGGCAUAGCCUUUUCCCUCUGCAUCUCCUGCAUUCUGGCCAACCUGCUCCAAAUCCUAGUAGGCUUCAACUUUGACCUGAAGAUAGGGUCCUGGCUGAAGAAGCUCAAUCAGCCGCUGGCUGUGGUGGUUAUCGUCUCAGGGAUCCAGUUGGCACUGUGUGUGCCAUGGCUGUACUUUCACCCCCCAAUUCCAGGAAAUCAAACAUUGAGCAAGAGCAUCCUGCUGCAGUGUCAGAAAGGCUCCACUGGGUUCUUUGUAGCCAUGUUAGGCUACAACGCUCUCUUGGCCAUCAUCUGUUUCCUGUUUGCAUUCAAAGGAAAGCAGUUGCCAGAUUUGUAUAAAAAUGCAAGUUUAAUCACCAUCAGUAUGCUGCUGUUUUUAGUCAUUUGGAUCAUCUUCAUCCCUAUUUAUCUCAAUUUGAUUGGGAAAUACAAACAAGCAAUUGAAAGCGCUGCCAUUCUCAUUUCAAGCUACAGCAUCCUCGGCUGUCACUUGGCCCCCAAGUGUUACAUUAUGGUGUUCAAGAAGGAGAUUAAUAAUCAGAACGCUAUUACUGAGUACAUAAGGAAGCAUUAUGAGCAGAAAGGCAUUACUGUGGUGAAAUCCUAAUCUCAUAUGCAAAUCCAUAAAUUCUUUGCAGGUGCAGGUGUUAACUCAUGACUAAAUGACAUUACUGAAUGAUAGUUUACAGUUUUUAUUUAAGUGUAAAAACAAACUGAAG